AUGACUCUUACACCCAAGCGCAAGUGGUACCUAGCAUUUGUGAUUGCAGGUGAGCAAAUUGUAUUUUAACAAUACCAUACCUUAAUAUUUAUGUUAACUAUUUAUGAAAAUGUUUGUCCCAUGUGAACAAAAAGUGUGUUUUACAAAAUAAUUAAUACACAAUUAAUAUGUUGUGUACUACACAGGGUCUAGGAUUUCAUAUAGUAGUUUUGUGCAAGGUUCUCUGCAAAUCAUAAUUUAUUUAAUAUUAAUGAGUUAAUCUACAAUGGCGACUCUGCUCACUAACAUUUUCAUUGUAUAAAUGCCAUAUUAAUUUGCGAAAGUUCAGAAACAGCACUGUGAAGUAUAUGACUACUAAUAUCAUGGUCUAAUUUGUUUUCCAAUUUAUCUGUUAACUAAUAGCAAAUGAGGACUGAAACACAUCCAUGUCCACCUCCUAUCAACUCACACACACAGGACCUUUGACAUGGCAAUACAAUAUAACAUCUUUAACUUAUUGUAUGUUUUAUCAUUAUGUUCCUCUCAUGUAGUUGUUUGCUCCAAUGAAGGAGCAUCUCGAGUUCUAGACACACGUAAGUAUAACAGUGAAGCGCUGAGACCAUAGACCCUCUAAUAAGUUAUGUUAUUGAGUUUGUUGGCAAGUUUAAUCUCCAUAAAAAAUUUUAAUUCCAUGAUGUCAGUCAUACACUUUAGUUAAAGUACCUCUUUAUGUGACUAUCAUAUAAAUACUCAGUCACCAAAUAGGGCUCUAUUCAAUCCGUAUUGCGGUAGUUCAGCAUUACAGCGUGAUUGAAAUUAAAAGGCAGUGUUUCCGCGUUAGCUGAGACUGCAUUCACGGUAAACGCUGCAUAUGUCAGCUCAAUCGGAAAUUACCUUUACAUUUCUAGUGCGCAAUCUGUAACGCUUCAGCGAUACAGAUUGAAUAGAGCCCUUAACGUGGGACUUAACUAAACAAUUAUUUUCCAGCCACCUCAGUCAGUGCUGGAGGAGUACGUUUAGUGCGUGGCCCAAACAACUGCUCUGGCAGGGUGGAGGUGUACUAUGCAGGCCAGUGGGGUACAGUGUGUGAUGAUGACUGGGACCUGCUGGAUGCCAAGGUAGUGUGUAGAGCACUGGGCUGUGGAGCGGCCCUGGAGGCCCCGGACCAGGCCCACUUUGGCUGGGGCAGGGGGGAGAUCUGGCUAGAUGAUGUGGAAUGUUCUGGGAAUGAAGAGUCACUGCUUGGCUGCAGCUCAGAUGGACUGGGGUCACACAACUGUGGACACUUUGAGGAUGCAGGAGUGAUAUGUGAGGGUCAGUCAGGUGAGUGGUUGAAUUUGCUAUAAAGAUGUAUCUAAACUACCAACUUCAACUAGGGGCUUGUGUAAUGCUACCAUUUCUCUCUCUCACUGUCUACCCGCCCUUCUCUCUCUCUCUCUCUCUCUCUCUCUCUCUCUCUCUUUCCCUCUCUCUCUCUCUCUCUCUCUCUCUCUCUCUCUCUCUCUCUCUCUCUCUCUCUCUCUCUCUCUCUCAGGUCAAUCCCCUUCAGAUUCCCAUUGUGAGUAAUAAAACAAUUAUUCCUUACUUGAUGUUUCAGUUGCAGAACGAGUCUUAAUAUGUAUUUGCAAAACAAAAGGUCAGUGCCCUUUCCCUUCCUUUUAACUCAAACAGCUGACUUGACAGUGCGCCUAGUUGAUGGUCCCAAUCGCUGCUCUGGCAGGGUGGAGGUCUACCAGGAUGGGAGUUGGGGGACAGUCUGUGAUGAUAACUGGUGUUUGCUAGAUGCCCAAAUUGUAUGUAGGGAGCUGAGCUGUGGACCAGCCACAGAGGCUCCUCACCAGGCUCACUUUGGUGAGGGGAGUGGCUCAAUCCUAUUGGACGAUGUGGCGUGCAUGGGAAGUGAGGGAUCUUUACUGGAAUGCAGAUCAGGAGGGAUAGGAAACCAUAACUGUGGCCAUGAUGAAGAUGCCAGUGUAACUUGCAUGAUGGGUAAGCCUCAGCCUACAAAUACAGUAAGCUCAAUUGACUAAAAUAGUUUAUGUUCAGAUUAAGGAGAAUUGAAAACCUGUUUUUCACAAUAUCUCACUCCCCUUUUUCAUUAUUUAAUAUUUUCCUAACGUCCAAUUCAAGAACAAGAGGACCCAGAUAGAGACAGUAAGAUAAAUUCCAUAAAACUAUAUUCAAAUAAUUGACAAUAUGAGUGGUCCUUACAAAGCAAACAUAUACUGCACUGAGGAACCAAGCCUUGAGACUACGUAACAUAAUGUACUCUUCUCUCCAGUGGUCCCAGAUGAUGGCCCGUUGAUCCGGCUGGUGGAUGGUCCUGAUCAGUGUUCAGGGAGGGUGGAAGUGUAUUAUGCGGGGCAGUGGGGUACGGUGUGUGAUGAUGACUGGGACGUGAGCGACGCUGACGUGGUCUGCAGACAGCUCAGCUGUGGGUGGGCUAUGAAUGCCCCCGGACGGGCCUGGUUUGGAAUGGGAGUUGGAAUUCCCAUUCUGCUGGACAACAUAGCCUGUGUUGGCACAGAAGGCUCUCUCUUUGACUGCACUUCUGAUGCGAUAGGUCAGCAUAACUGCAUUCAUUCUGAGGAUGCGAGUGUGGUCUGCUCAGGUGAGAUUAAAGGGAAAGUUAUGUAUUUAACUGUUAGAUGGUUCCUGACCCUGAAAGUAGUUUAUCAAAUCAAAUGUAUUUGUCACAUGUGCCGAAUACAACAGGUGUAGACCUUACAGUGAAAUGCUUACUUACAAGCCCUUAACCAACAAUGCAGUUUUAAGAAAAAUUCAGAGUGGGGCAGUGGUCUAAGGCACUGCAUCGCAGUGGUAGCUGUGCCACUAGAGAUCCUGGUUCGAGUCCAGGCUCUGUCGCAGCCAGCCGCAACCGGGAGACCCAUGGGCGGUGCACAAUUGGUCCAGCGUCGUCCAAGGUAGGGGAGGGUUUGGCCGGCAGGGAUGUGGGUUUGUUUCCCACGGGGGGCCAGUAUAAAAAAUAUAAAAAAACACACUAAAAAAACGUAUGCAUUCACUAACUGUAAGUCGCUCUGGAUAAGAGCGUCUGCUAAAUGACAAUAUUUUUAUUUAUUUUUAAAUAAGUGUUAAGUAAAAAAUAGAUAACUAAAAAAUAAAAAAAUUUAAGAGCAUCAGUAAAGUAACAGUAGUGAAGCUAUAUACAGGGGGUACCGGUACAGAGUCAAUGUGCGUGGGCACAGGUUAGUCGAGGUAAUUUAGGUAAUAUGUACACUACCGUUCAAAAGUUUGAUGUCACUUAGAAAUUUCCUUGUUUUUCGAAAGAAAAGCAAUUUUUUUGUCCAUUAAAAUAACAUCAAAUUGAUCAGAAAUACAGUGUAGACAUUGUUAAUGUUGUAAAUGGCUAUUGUAGCUGGAAACUGCUGAUUUUUAAUGGAAUUUCUACCUAGGCGUACAGAGGCCCAUUAUCAGCAACCAUCAGUCCUGUGUUCCAAUGGCACGUUGUGUUUGCUAAUCCAAGUUUAUCAUUUUAAAAGGCUAAUUUAUCAUUAGAAAACCCUUUUGCAAUUAUGUUAGCACAGCUGAAAACUGUUGUGCUGAUUAAAGAAGCAAUAAAACUGGCCUUCUUGAGACUAGUUGAGUAUCUGGAACAUCAGCAAUUGUGGGUUCGAUUACAGGCUCAACGUCAACAGUGAAGAGGCAACUCCGGGAUGCUGACCUUCUAGGCAGAGUUGCAAAGAAAAAGCCAUAUCUCAGACUGGCCAAUAAAAAGAAAAGAUUAAGAUGGGCAGUCUGAGAUAUGGCUUUUUCUUUGCAACUCUGCCUAGAAGGUCAGCAUCCCGGAGACGCCUCUUCACUGUUGACGUUAAGACUUGUGACGAGUACUGAGUAUGCGAAGAGGCAGGACACAGACGCAGGAAUUAACAAGGUCAAGGUUUACUUAACAAUGACAAAGAGAAAUAACAAAGAUAGAGUAAACGACACGAAGCUAAACAAUCACACACAACAUCAUCCAGAACAGUCCAGGGCUAAAUAGGGGUGGUGAUGAGAUGAUGAGGUGCCAGUGCGCUGGAGGUAAUUAGGAUGUGUUUGGUUUCCAUUCCAGUCUUGCCGAGGUGGUGCGCUCAGAUCGGUGGCUCAGUAGAUCGGCGAAUCAGAGCACCUGAGGGGAGCAAUGGGAGGAGACGUGACAAGACUGGUGUUUUGUGGGUACUAUUUAAUGAAGCUGCCAGUUGAGGACCUGUGAUGCGCCUGUUUCUCAGAACAAUAUAGCCUUCAUUUCUCAGAACAAGAAUAGACUGACGAGUUUCAGAAGAAAGUUCUUUGUUUCUGGCCAUUUUGAGCCUGUAAUCAAACCCACAAUUGCUGAUGCUCCAGAUACUCAACUAGUCUCAAGAAGGCCAGUUUUAUUGCUUCUUUAAUCAGCACAACAGUUUUCAGCUGUGCUAACACAAUUGCAAAAGGGUUUUCUAAUGAUAAAUUAGCCUUUUAAAAUGAUAAACUUGGAUUAGCAAACACAACGUGCCAUUGGAACACAGGACUGAUGGUUGCUGAUAAUGGGCCUCUGUACGCCUAUGUAGAUAUUCCAUUAAAAAUCUGCCGUUUCCAGCUACAAUAGCCAUUUACAACAUUAACAAUGUCUACACUGUAUUUCUGAUCAAUUUGAUGUUAUUUUUAAUGGACAAAAAAAAUGCAUUUAUUUUGAAAACAAGGACAUUUCUAAGUGACCCCAAACUUUUGAACGGUAGUGUACAUGUAGGUAGAGUUAAUGUAAGUGACUAUGCAUAGAUAAUAAACAGAGAGUAGCAGCAGUGUAAAGGGGGGGGGGGGGGCAAUGCAAAUAGUCCGGGUAGCCAUUUGAUUAGCUGUUCAGGAGUGCUCGGUCCUCUUUUUCCCGUAGUCCACAAUCAUCUCCUUUGUCUUGAUCACGUUGAGGGAGAUGUUGAGUUUUAUGGGCGAAACUGUAAUCCUCGGUUGAGUUUUAUUUAAACAGCCACUACGAACUUCAGCUAAUUUAAGGCACAGUUAGCUUUAUUUAUUAAUAGCGCUUUUCAAGGUAACAUACAGUAUAUGCAACAACUCUUUGUUUUUCAUGUUCCUCCCAAUGGACUGCAGGUUCACAUCAGAGUGAGUACAUAUCAAGGCUGAGGUGUAUGUGGUGUGGGAGUCAGGCGCAGGACACCGAAGCUUAGUCCAACAAAGUAUACUUGUGAACUUCAAGGCAAAGAUACAACGAUCGGCCUCAAACAAAACAGAGGCGAGCUAUUACGCAAACCAUGCGUAAAACAAUAAAACAACAAAACAGAGAAAAAACACGCAGCACUACGGACAGGCGAAAAACAACACACAACCUAACCAGAACAACACAGGCAACUUAUAGAACACGUAAUCAGACACAAACGGACACAGGUGUAACAGACAGACAAAAGCAAUCAAACAUAGAAACAUUCAACGGUGGCAGCUAGUACUCCGGGGACGACGAACGCCGAAGCCUGCCCGAACCAGGAGGAGGAGCAGCCUCGGCAGAAUCCGUGACAGUACAUUAAUAUGUCUGCACACUACACAAUAAUCUCCACAGCCUGAUGCGUCAAUUGGUUAACAUUAAAACAGAUUAUUUACCUAUCAAAGCUGGACCUUCAAUUCGCUUGGCCCAAUUCGCUUGGCCGCUGGCUCCAACAACUGCUCUGGUAGAGUGGAGGUGUUCCACUCUGGCCAUUGGGAUAUAGUGUGUGAUGAUGACUGGGAUCUGAGGGAUGCCCAGGUGGUGUGUCAAGCAUUGGCUUGUGGGAUGGCCCAGGAAGCCCCAGGUAGAGCCUGUUUUGGUCAGGGCUCAGGACCAUCAGUCUGGACGACGUGUCAUGUGAGGGCACAGAGAGAUCAUUACAAAACUGCAGCGGAAGUGAACCAGGGGUACACAACUGUGACCAUAAUGAGGAUGCAGGAGUAAUCUGUGCAGGUAAGAAAGGUUGGGGAAAAUAAGGUUGUCACGGUACCUGCGGUGUAUUUGAUCUGCGCAUGUGCUAUCACGAGCAGCGCCAGCCUCGCUUUUUGGCAUGAGUAAAGUAAGUUCAGAAAAUAUGAAAGUAUGCAUCUUAGAAAUAGUUUUUACUUACAAACUUUAUAUGUCCAAACUCAGAUCAAAAAUAAUAUGGUCACUGUGAUAUAACUUUUAUUUUGAUUGCCGAUUUUCUGCAUUUUCCAAAGUCCCAUCAGGUAGCCUGAUUAUCAGAUGUACCCAAAUAAGCCGGAUUGUAAGGGUGAUCAUUCUUCUUGCAAAGCAUGUAAACAUUUCAAUCAAACUAUUAUAUUAAUCUUAGUAUUGUGUGCAUGUAAACGUAGUCAAAGACAAGUAAAUAUAUGUGUUACCUUUACCAUGAAGAUGGCAUCUUUGAAGUACAUCUAGUCAACGGCCCCAACAACUGCUCUGGUAGAGUGGAGGUGUUCCACUCUGGCAAAUGGGGUACAGUGUGUGAUGAUGACUGGGAUCAGAUGGAUGCCCAGGUGGUGUGCAGAGAGUUGGGCUUUGGAGAAGCUCUAGAGGCCUUUGGAUCUGACAGGUUUAGAGAGGGCAGUGGCUCCAUCUCUCUGGAUGUCCUGGCCUGUUCUGGCUCUGAAGACUCUUUGCUGAAGUGUCCCCACAGUGGACUGGGGAACUAUAACUGUGCCCACUAUGAAGAUGCAGGAGUCACCUGCACUGAUCAGAUAAAUGUUUGGUGGAAUGAAGCUUAGACAUCAUGAUAUUGUCUAUGUUGUUAACAGUACUAGAUGGAAACCCUAAUUCUAUGACAGGUCCUUCUGGAGACAUCCAGCCAUUUAACUCAGUGUUGUCCUAAUAUGGGGUCUUACUUUAUUAACUGGAUCAAAACCAUUUAUGAAAAAACAAAUGCCAUAUUCACUAAUGAUGUCCUAUUAAAACAAUUCCUUCAGAGCAGAGGAACCAGGCAAGGUUGCCGACUUUUGCCUUUGCUUUUAUAGAGCUAUGCUAUACGCAAAACCAAUGUAAGAUGUAUGAAACAUGCGCACACCUCAGUGUUGUUCGUUAACCUGUUUGUUGCUAAAUAAAUCAUAACAGGGAAGCACCUAAUUUCUGAUCACAACACUUAGUAAAUGGAGUUCACAGUUAUCUUUGUUUACAGGUCCUACAGAAAACAUCCAGCCAAACUCUACAUUGACCUACAGUAAUGUAUUCUCUUCAUAUUCCAUCUACAAAGUUUUCAACUCAACAACCAUUCCAGUAUCGGUUCAUCUUCACAGUUUUUCUUGUAUUUUACAGAUGGCACUUCUAGAGUGCGUCUGGUCAAUGGCUCCAACAACUGCUCUGGUAGAGUGGAGGUGUUCCACUUUGGCCAGUGGGGUACAGUGUGUGAUGAUUGGUGGGAUCAGAUGGAUGCCCAGGUGGUGUGCAGAGAGUUGGGCUGUGGAGAAGCUCAAGAGGCCUUUAGAUCUGCAGAGUUUGGAGAAGGAAGUGGCUCCAUAUCUCUGGAUGACCUGGCCUGUUCUGGCUCUGAAGACUCUUUGCUGCAGUGUCCCCACAGUGGACUAGGGAACCAUAACUGUGUCCACCAUGAAGAUGCAGGAGUUACCUGCACUGGUAAGAUUACUGUUUGUUGACAUGAAGUUUAGAUAUCAUGAUUUGUCUAUGUUGGUAACAGUACUAACAUCACCACUGUAACUCCAAGCUAAUAAAUGUAACUGAAUAUUCAGGUCCUUCUGGAGGCAUCCAGCCAUUCACCUCUUCAUGGACCCAGGGUAAGUUACAUCCUCAUUCCAGUGGGUCAGAUUCAAUUCAUAUCCAACUUUUGAGGUCUUCAAUCCUAAUUGUACCCCAAAAUAAAUGUUUGAUUGAUUGUGUGCAAUGUCGUUGAAUAUUAACACUUAUGCCAACCCCCGAUAUACACAACAGAACAUUCAUCCUUUAAAAAAGUAAUCAGCAGAUGUGAGUGGCUUUAAGCAGAAAUCUGUCAAAAAGUUUGUGCUAGCAAAUACCUAGACGUUGUGUAAAAGUCUGUGUGAAACAAAUCAUAGCCUAUGUGUCAAUAUUUGACUGUUUUUCAAUUUUAGGUUCUGGUUCCGGAGGCUUCUGAAAGCAUGUAGAUCUCUCAUCCAUACAGUCUAGGAGUAUCAAUGGUUAACCAUAGAUACUGUUUGUGUUGACAUUUUUCUAGUUAUACUAAACACUGUAUUAUGUUCCUUUCAUAGUUAGCAUUCUACAAGUAACAGGACCUUGAGUUCUAUUCCCAAACUAGUCUAUUGUGAAUUAUUAUCAUUAACUCUAUCUGUAAUUAAAUCAAAACAAAUAAUACUGUAUUGUUCUUCAAAGUUAUUUGGGAUUUUACCCAUAUAUUCACCAAGUUGCACAUAAGGAAGAGUAAGUUCACAUGCUAAGUUCCUCUCCAUCUUCUCUAUCAAUAGAGAGCAACAAUAGGUCGUUGUUAGAUAAUCAAGUUAUCUAAUUAAGCUUUAUCACCUAGGCUAUCUUGAACACUUGAAUAUCCCCCAAAUCUCAAUUAGGAAUGCAUUUUUCAAAAGCAUUUCUACUUUAAUUUACUGUCCUCCUAUUUCUCACCCACAAUCACUACAAUUGUUUCACCAUAGAGAUCCUAUUUAAUUACUAAAGGGGCUAUGCCAUGAACCCUCAAAGUUCCAGAAUGGUAUGAUAAUGGCAGCCAUUUUGGUCAGGGAGAAAUCCAAACCAGUCUAAUUGGAAUUAAUGGCACUAAGAGCAUAGGUAAUGCAUUUCCUGCUUUUACUUAUUCAGGAAAAUAAAAGUAAGGCAAGUGAUACUGUUUAUCUGAAAUUGUGUAAUAAAAUAUUGUCGCCCCAAAAUAUUGUCAAAUAAUUAUAAAUACAUUUAUACAGGUUUUAUAGCCUACCAGUGUUCUGUAUAAAUAGCCUCUAAAAUAUAUGUAAACAGACCAUAGAUGUCUCAGUGUUUGUUUUCUUGGAAAGCUGUGAGUGUUACAAUAUGAUACAAUAUCAGUAGCCUACUUGUUGCAUUUACAACUUGUCUAAAUCCUAUCAUCAACUGAUUUCAGACAGUGUAUGGCUGUGGAUUGACUGCAUUGUUUGUAUGGAAUGUUGGCAUAUUGACAGUUAAUUUGAAAAAUGUAUGGAAUCAUUCAACUAAAACUGCCUGACUAGCUAGCUAAUAAACAUAAUGUGCAGAUAAUCUUACACAAUAUUUUAUCACAGCACUGGCUGACCAUGGCUGACCAAGUUCUUUACCAUUUUUGACAAAAUGUUUAAAAAAGGUAUAAUCUUCGUAAAUUAUAUUAUCGGAAGGACUGGUGGAGUUAUGUCGCACAUGCAGCUAACAAAAACAUAUUCCAUCUACAAAGUUUUCAACUCAACAACCAUUCCAGUAUCGGUUCAUCUUCACAGUUUUUCUUGUCUUUUACAGAUGGCACUUCUAGAGUGCGUCUGGUCAAUGGCUCCAACAACUGCUCUGGUAGAGUGGAGGUGUUCCACUUUGGCCAGUGGGGUACAGUGUGUGAUGAUUGGUGGGAUCAGAUGGAUGCCCAGGUGGUGUGCAGAGAGUUGGGCUGUGGAGAAGCUCAAGAGGCCUUUAGAUCUGCAGAGUUUGGAGAAGGAAGUGGCUCCAUAUCUCUGGAUGACCUGGCCUGUUCUGGCUCUGAAGACUCUUUGCUGCAGUGUCCCCACAGUGGACUAGGGAACCAUAACUGUGUCCACCAUGAAGAUGCAGGAGUUACCUGCACU